AUGAUACCAGCGCCGCUGCCAACAGCAAGGGCGACGCGGGCAAGGGCGGAGAGGCAGGCGGGGCUGGUCGAGGAGGGAGCAGCGUGGGCGGCAGGCGCUGGUGGCGCUGAGGAAGAAGAAGAGUGGGUGGAUGAGUGGGGGUGCCCUCUGGGGGGUGCUGGGCUGGUUCUUGUUUUGGUCGCUAUAAUCAUCGCUUACCUUGUGGUGAGUGUGGUGCGCUGGUUGUCAAUAUACCUGGCUCCCGUUUCCCCCUCGUCUCCCUCCCACCAUCUCUUCAUGCCUCUGUCCCAAGCAGCAGAAGACACUGAACCCGGCACAGCCCCAUAG